AUGCAAACGACCGUGAUAGACGAAGAUGAUGAAGAUACAUUUGAAGUUGAACAAAUUAUUGCGCAUCGUGUGGAUCGAAGGAAAGGUCUUGAAUUUUAUGUGAAAUGGAAAGAUUUCGAUUCCACAGACAAUACAUGGGUUCACGAGGCGGAUUUGGUGAGUGUUUGAAUUGAGCUCCUAUGAAAAAUGAUGAAUUUAGGAUUCACCUGAUUUAUUAGACGCCUAUUGGAGAGAACACGCAUCUAUGGUGGAAUCGAGAGAAAUUGAGGUGAGAUUUUGCAAAACGGGAUAUUUUCAUCUUACCAAAAAUUUGGAAAACUCACGUAGCCAAUUUUGAAAAUUGAUUUACACUAAACUGGGCGUGGUUUGACGAUUUACAACAUUUUCUGGCCAGCGAUGCGUCGCAAUUUAGAAAUGAGAAAUAUGUUUUUAAAAAAUGAAACACGCCACGCUAAACCACCUUAUUAAAUACUCAUUUCUCAAAAAUAUUUCACAAUCUUCCUCUUCUUUAUUUCUCAUUGCAGAAGGAGAAACGAAAAAGUUCAACUCGAAGAAGGAUGUCAUCAAAACAAAAGUCGGCAACACCAUCGAGAACAAUUGUCGAAGAUGAAAUAAAUGAAGAUCCACCGGGAAAAUCAAAUACAUUAUCUGAAAAUAACGAAGUUCCUGUAGCAUUGCCAAAGAAAACGCACAAGAAAAUGAGAACACCUCCACCAUUACCUGGAAGAUCGAAAACUAAACCAAUUAAUGAAAAUAAUCAAAUUCGAUCUACGGUAAUAAAUAGAAAACUCUUUAUUUAGAUACAACAACAAAAAAACAAUUUCAGAGUAGUUCUCGAUCACAAACACCCCUUGAUAAUGUUACAAUUCGCCCGAAAAAACAAAGAACUCCAGUUGUGAUUGAAGAAAAUCUGCCAGAAAUUGGUGGAGAACCGCAUGAAGAAACACCAUUUGAAAAUCUGGAAGAUAUGCUUGAUUCACCAAUUGUAGUUGUAGAUGAUGACGUGGAUGAGGUGGUUCAAGAGCAAAACGGUGAAAAUAUCGAUGAUAAAGUAAGUGGAAUUGAAAAAGGAUAUCGAAUAUCACAAAUUCUACAAACUGGCGUGCAAGAUGGGAUUCGAUAUGGAUUGGCGCAGUUUAUGGAGAGCAAUCUUGCUCAAUGGGUUGCUCUUGAUGUGAUUAGAGAAUAUGAUAAAGCGGUACGUGUUUUUCCCGUUUUUAGCACACCUCGGCCAAAAUCGUGGUUUUCAAAAUAAAAAAUUGCACGCUAACUUUUUACAGUAUGAAAACUGUGCAUUUUUCAGUGUUUGACCUCUAAAAACUCUGGAAAUUGUCAAUUUUCGACCUCUGAAAACUGAAAUUCAGAUUUUUUUGAAGUUUUCUCGUCUAUUCCUCAGAAAAAAGCCCUUUUUUUCAGGCUCUCAUUAAAUAUUACGAAUCCCGACAUCGUCAACAAUUUGGUAUAUAA